AUGUUGUCACCAUAUGUCUGGCACAUCAUUGUGCUGCUCAGUCUGAGCGCUGCUGUCUUUAGCGAAGAGUCCAGAUAUGCGGAACGCAACCACAAGAAACGUCAAAUCUAUCGUGAGCAAGUGCUGCCGCAUGCGGGCGGCAAGAUACCCGACACCGCCUUUGAGACGGAUCGUCUGUUCUUGAACCGUCUGCAAAAGGAGGGCAUCUCAGUGCCGGACGGCAUUGUGCCCGAACAACGGAAUCCGCAGGUCUAUCAAUACUAUAACAAUCCCAUGCGCACCGUUUAUCAUAUUGCGCUCAGCUCUGAUGGACGCUAUACACCGCGAGAAGGUCGCUACCAUUACCGCCAGGUGCCCACCGUGGAGACCACCUAUCUGUAUCCCCAGGCCGUGGGUCGUCCGUAUGUGUUGGUGCCGCCCAAGCAUGCAUUGCCCGCCUACCGUCAACUGCAGCUGCAUAAUCCGUUGCUUAAUCAAGUGAAAUUCCAGCCCAAGAAAGUGCCCAAUUUUCUGGAACUGGCGCCCACCGUGGGCAAGAGUCAUACAUCCAGCCCAUCCAAGGCGCAGUCUUAUCAAAAUGUGAAUCUGCUGCAUGGCCAAGCGCUGCCCGCCUUCAAGAAAACCGCCGGUGGAAGCAAGACCUAUGUGGACAGCUAUGGCAAAACUCACCUCUUUAGCGAAUUUGACGAUUUGCUUAACAAGCUCGAUUUGAAUCCAGCAGGACAAAAGCUGUAUUAGUUUCUCUAAGUUAGAAGACCAUAUUUUGUAGAGCUUAAGUUUAGUAGAAUACGAUUCCUUGGCGGCAAUUAUAG